AUGCUGGCGGUGCGAUGCCUGGUGUUCGCUGCAGUGAGUGCGCGGUUUGCCGUGACAGGUAAGAGACUGGGGGGGUUAAAGCCGCGCUUUCUUCCCGCAAAUGUAACCCUUCCCGUUAUACUUAGGCCUAUAACUUUCCCUUCAUUAUUAACGGGUUAUUUUGAGCUAUUCCGAGCUAUUUAAGUCCCAUUUUGCAGCUUCUACCUGUCAUGAGAGCGACGCGGUUCGAUUUGCUUCAUCAACAAUUACCCCGGUAUCGCGCGCCUGCCGCCUUCGAGAUGGAGUCCGAGCUGUGCUCCAAGGUUCUGUAGUGGCAGCCUACGCAGUAAAUCACGUUCAUGGGAGACUGCAGCAGGCAUCCACAACACCACCAUCACAAUAGUCCAUCCCGGCGAUAACAGCGUGCCAAUCGCUGGUUGUCGCCCGCUGUCCGUGCACUGACAUUUCAUCAUUCACGAUAACAAAAGCCCUAUUGAUUGAUCUCCCUGCCUCUCGUCCCCUUUCUCUGGCUGCCUGCCUUAUCUGCCCGGUUGAAGGCUGGAGCAGCUCGGUGAGCGAUAGAGAAGCAGGAGAGACGUGGGAAUGGCAGCCCGCGGAGGAGCAGGGGGGCCGGGGACCUGCUGUGGAGGAAGUCACUCAGCCCAAGCGGCUCCUGCAACAGAUCGACUCGGAGGGAGAGCUGGUUCACCGCCAUCUGGACACUCGAGUCAAGAACUACACCGAGGGAGCACAGGUGAGUCCCGUAUUUUGCCUUCAGGUGACAAUAGAGAACACAAUUUCCCUGUUUUUUUUUUCUCCAGUCAUUAUCAAUAUCUGCACAGACAGGUAGGCUACAGAACUAGCAAUGGCAAGCUACUUCCAAUCAGGCCUAAUGGACAUUACUGAAAGCUGGUCCCCUGUAGCUCAGUUGGUAGAGUAUGGCGCUUGCAACGCCAGGGUUGUGGGUUCGUUUCCCACGGGGGGCCAGUAUGAAAAUGUAUGCACUCACUAACUGUAAGUCGCUCUGGAUAAGAGCGUCUGCUAAAUGACUAAAAUGUAAUGUGGUCACUGUCAGAUCCAGCUUGUUGGGUGCUUAAAUGUCCCAUUAAUCUCCUGUGUCCCUGUUUUGACUACACAUGAAGAAAAAAUAUAUUGGACAUAUGAGAUGUGAGUGUUCCUGCCCACUCUCCACCAAAUCCCACUAAUGUAGCUGAAGGUCAACUCUUCUUUAAAUUCAUAGAAAAAGCAAUUAUCUCUAUAGCCUCACCACCUGUAAAAUCCCAAAUUAACCCCUUAGGUACAGCUUUAUGGCCUAGCUUUACAACCUAUUUAUGACGCCAUUUGGGAUGAAUAGGGAUGGGUGAUUCUCAUAAAACCAGUUUUAACCAUUGCAGUACCAAAUGGAGUUAGAAAAUCAUGAUGCAUCUGCAACAAUGAACUAUAAUUCUGAAGACUAAGAUGCCUAGUUUGUGGCACAAUGUCUUAUUUUAAAUAAUUUGUACAUUUUCUCCAGAAUGUUUUUCUUUUUCACCCCAAAUGCUCAUUAUCGAAAUGCGUCCAGAUUGAAUUCUCGGGUCAUUUCAUACAAUUUUACUUUAGAAAAACCUAAUUUAUAUGAGUGAAACACAAAAUAUGUUAAUGUUGUUUGUCCAGAAAUCAUAGAAAUGGUAUACUAGUUGCAGUUUACAUUUACAUUAACGUGAUAAUAUUUAUUACGUAAAGACAGUGUCUGUGGACAUGUUUCUCAUUAUCGUAACACUUUUUCAAGUUGAUGUAAAAACUCCCCCCAAAAAUGUAAUAAAGUUGUAUUCCCCCAUGAUGCAUCAUCUAGAGGAGUAGUCCUUAGAUGAGCUCAAGUUCAUUUCAUUUCUUCACUUAUAUGCCUUCAGAAUGAGGAUCUUAUUCUCAAACACCCCCUUUUCGACACUUGACCUUCUCCUUACCGAAAUGACUAAAAAGCUCAAAUUGGGAAUAACUACGGGAACCAUUACCUUACCAACAUGGAGGCGUGAAUGGGCUUUAGUGAUGUGGUCAAUUGUUUGCUGACUCAUAAUGGCUGUCUCCUAUUACUUGCAGAUUGAACUAAAGGCCUCUCAUUACCGAAACACACAUUUCUCAUUACCGCAUAAUCUUUAAGUCCGUUUCAGUAAUGGGAGCCUUAAUUUUGUUAAUGGUAAUAAGACAAUUGUAAUGUAUAGUCAAUGGGUGUGCUGUGCUGGUAACUUUAAUUAUUUACUAGGACCACUGCUUACACCUAUUGUAUAGAUAUUUUGUAAAACAUCAGUAUGGGAUGUCAAGAAAUAUGUGUUUGUAUAAACCCCAUUUAAUUUAUUUAAAGCCACAAUCUGGAGUUUGUGUUUCAGCAAAGAGCAACCCCGCCACGUAUAGGAGGAUAUCCCCCAUUUUGACACGUGUACCUGUUUUAGCACUUACCUAUACUGUUGUUUGACAGUUUUUGGUCCAUAUCCCACAUAUUUAGAUACUUUAUAGGCAUAUCAUGUUAUACCAUUUGCCCAUACGAUCCCAUUAAAUGUAGAAAUACAUCUCAAAUACCUUAGAAUCACACAUAUCCACAUCCUAAUGCACCAAUAUUGGUGGUAAAGACCUUGGAGAAAUUACUUUUUCUAAAAAAGUUGCUUUUGACAUUUGAAAAUGCAUGCAUGUAAUUACAGAACUUAUGCAAAAAAAAAAAGGGGGGGAUGUUUUAGUCAAUUGCAUUAAGAUCAGUGAUUUUAGUAUUAUGCAAGUCAUUUGGGAUUAACAAAUGACACAAUUUGAUGUAUUAGGUUACUGAAUCUCUAAUAGGCCUCAGUGCAAACUAUGCAACAUUCAUUACAGAAACAUGGAUUCUCAUCUCCGAAACCUGCUUAUUACCAUAAUGCACCAAUAUUUAGGAAACAUUUGGAAAUAUAAAAUGUAUACUUCAGUAAUUUUGGCUUAAUAUUUUGUUAUUUUAUCCAAGUAUGUGUACAUAAAUAACAUGUACAGUGCAUUUGGAAAGUAUUCAGAUCCCUUCACUUUUCCACAAUUUUUUUUUUUUUUUAAUCCUCAGCAAUACUACACACUACCCCAUAAUGUCAAAGCAAAAACAGGUAGUAAAAUAUUUUUGCAAAUGUAUUUAAAAAAAACGGAAAUACCUUAUUUACAUAAGUAUUCAGACCCUUUGCUUUGAGACUCGAAAUUGAGCUCAGGUGCAUCCUGUUUCCAUUGGUCAUCCUUGAGAUGUUUCUACAAUUUGAUUGGAGUCCACCUGUGGUAAAUUCAAUUGAUAGGACAUGAUUUGGAAAGGCACACACCUGUCUAUAUAAGGUCCCACCGUUGACAGUGCAUGUCAGCGCAAAAACCAAGCCAUGAGGUCAAAGGAAUUGUCCGUAGAGCUCCGAGACAGGAUUGCGUCGAGGCACAGAUCUGGGGAAGGGUGCCAAAAAAUGUCUGCAGCAUUGAAGGUCUCCAAGAACACAGUGACCUCCAUCAUUCUUAAAUGGAAGACGUUUGGAACCACCAAGACUCCAUCAUCUCUGCAGCACUCCACCAAUUAGGCCUUUAUGGUAGAGUGGCCAGACGGAAGCCACUCUUCAGUAAAAGGCACAUGACAGCCCGCUUGGAGUUUGCCAAAAGGCACCUAAAGUACUCUCAGACCAUGAGAAACAAGAUUCUCUGGUCUGAUGAAACUAAGAUUGAAUCUUUGGCCUGAAUGCCAAGCGUCACAUCUGGAGGAAACCUGGCACCAUCCCUAAGGUGAAGCAUGGUGGUGGCAGAAUCAUGCUGUGGGGAUGUUUUUCAGCAGCAGGGACUGGGAGACUAGUCAGGAUCGAGGGAAAGAUUUAACGGAGCAAAAGUACAGAGAGAUCCUUGAUGAAAACCUGCUCCAGAGCGCUCAGGACCUCCGACUGGGGCGAAGGUUCACCUUCCAACAAGACAACGACCCUAAGCACACAGCCAAGACAACGCAGGAGUGGCUUUGGGACAAGUCUCUGAAUGUCCUUGAGUGGCCCAGCCAGAGCCUGGACUUGAACCCGAUCUAACAUCUCUGGAGAGACCUGAAAACAGCUGUGCAGCGACACUCCCCAUCCAACCUAACAGAGCUUGAGAGGAUCUGCAGAGAAAAUGGGAUAAACUCCCCAAAUAGGUGUGCCAAGCUUGUAGCGUCAUACCCAAGAAGACUUGAGGCAGUAAUCGCUGCCAAAGAUGCUUCAACAAAGUACUGAGUAAAGGGUCUGAAUACUUAUGUAAAUGUGAUAUUUCCGUUUUUUAGUUUUUAUACAUUUGCAAAAAAUAAAUAAACUGCUUUGUCAUUAUGGGGUAUUGUGUGUAGAUUGAUGAGGGAAAAAAUCUAUUUCAUCCAUUUUAGAGUAAGGGUGUAACGUAACAAUGUGGAAAAAGUCAAGGGGUUUGUAUACUUUCUCAAUGCACUGUACAGUUAAAGUCGGAAGUUUACACACACUUAGGUUGGAGUCAUUAACUUGUUUUUCAACCACUCCACAAAUUUCUUGUUAACAAACUAUGGUUUUGGCAAGUCAGUUAGUACAUCUACUUUGUGCAUGACACAAGUAAUUUUUCCAACAAUUGUUUACAGACCGAUUAUUUCACUUAUAAUUCACUGUAUCACAAUUCCAGUGGGUCAGAAGUUUACAUACACGAAGUUGACUGUGCCUUUAAACUGCUUGGAAAAUUCCAGAAAAUGAUGUCAUGGCUUUAGAAGCUUCUGAUAGGCUAAUUGACAUCAUUUGAGUCAAUUGGAGGUGUACCUGUGGAUGUAUUUCAAGGCCUACCUUCAAACUCAGUGCCUCUUUGCUUGACAUCAUGGGAAAAUCAAAAGAAAUCAGCCAAGACGUCAGAAAAACAAUUGUAGACCUCCACAAGUGUGGUUCAUCCUUGGGAGCAAUUUCCAAACGCCUAAAAGUAGCACGUUCAUCUGUACAAACAAUAGUACGCAAGUAUAAACACCAUGGGACCACGCAGCCGUCAUACCGCUCAGGAAGGAGACGCCUUCUAUCUCCUAGAGAUGAACGUACUUUGGUGCGAAAAGUGCAAAUCAAACCCAGAACAACAGCAAAGGACCUUGUGAAGAUGCUGGAGGAAACAGGUACAAAAGUAUCUAUAUCCACAGUAAAACAAGUCCUAUAUCGACAUAACCUGAAAGGCCGUUCAGCAAGGAACAAGCCACUGCUCCAAAACCGCCAUUAAAAAAGCCACACUACGGUUUGCAACUGCACAUGGGGACAAAGAUUGUACUUUUUGGAGAAAUGUCCUCCGGUCUGAUGAAACAAAAAUAGAACUGUUUGGCCAUAAUGACCAUCGUUAUGUUUGGAGGAAAAAGGGGGGAAGGCUUGCAAGCCGAAGAACACCAUCCCAACCGUGAAGCACGAGGGUGGCAGCAUCAUGCUGUGGGGGUGCUUUGCUGCAGGAGGGAUUGGUGCACUUAACAAAAUAGAUGGCAUCAUGAGGAAGGAAAAUUAUGUGGAUAUAUUGAAGCAACAUCUCAAGACAUCAGUCAGGAAGUUAAAGCUUGGUCGCAAAUGGGUCUUCCAAAUGGACAAUGAUCCCAAGCAUACUUCCAAAGUUGUGGCAAAAGGGCUUAAGGACAACAAAGUCAAGGUAUUGGAGUCGCCAUCACAAAGCCCUGACCUCAAUCCUAUAGAAAAUGUGUGGGCAGAACUGAAAAGGCGUGUGCGAGCAAGGAGGCCUACAAACCUAACUCAGUUACACCAGCUCUGUCAGGAGGAAUGGGACAAAAUUCACCCAACUUAUUGUGGGAAGCUUGUGGAAGGCUACCCGAAACCUUUGACCCAAGUUAAACAAUUUUAAAGACAAUGCUACCAAAUACUAAUUAAGUGUAUGUAAACUUCUGACCCACUGGGAAUGUGAAUAAAUAAAUAAAAGCUGAAAUAAAUAAUUCUCUCUAUUAUUAUUCUGACAUUUCACAUUCUUAAAAUAAAGUGGUGAUCCUAACUGACCUAAGACAGGGAAUUUUUACUAGGAUUAAAUGUCAGGAAUUAUGAAAAACUGAGUUUAAAUGUAUUUGGCUAAGGUGUAUGUAAACCUCUGACUUCAACUGUAUAUACAAGUAAUUAUGACCAAAAAAAAAAGAUUCAGAAAAGACUGUGUUAAUGAGAUAAAUUACCAAAUUUAAUUUUAAAUAUUUGUUUUCAGUGUUAUAUUUAACUCAGGCCUUUUCAUUAGGUGAGCAAUGUACAUUUUUUUUAUUAGAAAUUGAUUUGUUUAUCAUUUUUUGGGACUUCGAAAACUGUUGCGGUAUUGAGAAUUUUUGCAUUGGUAGUUGUAGAAAUUGUGGUAAAAUGCAUAAUAUCUGAUCAAUAAACAUAACAAUAAUUAUGAAAUAGAUAAUUGCAUAUCCUAGUCUUAGUGGUCCAAGAAGAAUUAUGGUGGAAAUGUUUUUUUGUGUGGUUUUGUUCUUGUUCCUUUUUUUGUCAAGUGUCAGUUUCUUUAGAAUCACCCCCGGGAACUAGGUGCCAUUUGGGAUGCAGAACAUGGCGCUGCAGUGGAGAUAAAGCCUCUUAAUAGUUAAAUCUUUUCAGCAGUAGAAUGCAGGCAUUGUUCUGCGGACUUCCAGUGUGUGCUGAAAUGUCAUAUAGGGUAGGUUAUUUACAGUUAUGGAGAGAAUAAAUGUUGCUUUAAAGAAGGGAGCAAUGUUUUUGACAAUGUGGCUUCCUCUUAAAUGCAAAAUUGAGAAAAUAUGAUAUAUAAUAAAUGAAAGAUGUUUCAGAGAACAAUUGUUUUCUUCUCUAAAUGAAAUGAGAUGAAAUAAUCACAUUUCUAUGCUAACUUGGUCUUGGACCUCCUUCAUUAGUCAAUGCCAGGCAGAAUAAUUCUCUCAUCAAUGAUUAAAAUCCCAUUUGGUGUAGAAGAGGGAGACGAAAUGGACAGAUUAUCUUAUAGGAGGAAAGAUGGUAGUCUAAUAGUGUGUCACAGUGCUGGACCACGACUGAUGAGACUCGUAUUAAUAGUUUAACCUGGCCCCAGAUCUGCUUGUGCUGUGUAGUUGGCAAGAUGGCACAAACAGAUCUGGGACCAGGCUAUUCGGCUACUAUCGUCAUUUAGCAGACGCUCUUAGCCAGAGCGACUCACAAAUUGGUGCGUUCACCCUAUAGCCAGUGGGAUAACCACUUUACAAUUUGGGGCGGGGCGGGGCGGGGCGGGGGGGGGGGGGGGGGGGGGGGGGGGGUUAGAAGGAAUACUUUAUCCUAUCCCAGGUAUUCCUUAAAGAGGUGGGGUUUCAAAUGUCUCCGGAAGGUGGUGAGUGACUCCGCUGUCCUGGCGUCGUGAGGGAGCUUGUUCCACCAUUGGGGUGCCAGAGCAGCGAACAGCUUUGAUUGGGCUGAGCGGGAGCUAUGCUUCCGCAGAGGAAGGGGAGCCAGCAGGCCAGAGGUGGAUGAACGCAAUGCCCUCGUUUGGGUGUAGGGACUGAUCAGAGCCUGAAGGUACAGAGGUGCCGUUCCCCUCACUGCUCCAUAGGCAAGCACCAUGGUCUUGUAGCGGAUGCGAGCUUCAACUGGAAGCCAGUGGAGUGUGCGGAGGAGGGGGGUGACGUGAGAGAACUUGGGAAGGUUGAACACCAGACGGGCUGCGGCAUUCUGGAUGAGUUGUAGGGGUUUAAUGGCACAGGCAGGGAGGCCAGCCAACAGCGAGUUGCAGUAGUCCAGACGGGAGAUGACAAGUGCCUGGAUUAGGACCUGUGCCGCUUCCUGUGUAAGGCAGGGUCGUACUCUCCGAAUGUUGUAGAGCAUGAACCUGCAGGAGCGGGUCACCGCCUUGAUGUUGGCGGAGAACGACAGGGUGUUGUCCAGGGUCACGCCUAGGCUCUUCGCACUCUGGGAGGAGGACACAGCGGAGUUGUCAACCGUGAUGGCGAAAUCAUGGAACGGGCAGUCCUUCCCCGGGAGGAAGAGCAGCUCCGUCUUGCCAGGGUUCAGCUUGAGGUGGUGAUCCGUCAUCCAUACUGAUAUGUCUGCCAGACAUGCAGAGAUGCGAUUCGCCACCUGGUUAUAUAGAAUAGCUAGUAAAGAAGCCACUCUAGGUGGAGACUUGUGUCUUGUGUGACAUAAUGCUAGUCAGGCUAGCCUUUAAUGCCACUUGAGGUGUAUAAAAAUAAUAAUAAUAAGCCAAUUCAAGGUCAAUGGCUUGAUAUGGUAUUGUCAGGUGUUCCCAUCUUUAUGUCUUGGAUGGGUACAAAGUACAAGAUGCUUUUAACGUUACUCUGUGCUUUGGUUGGUAGAUCUGGGUCUGUUGCCAUUUGAAAGCUUGAUUUGAUGUUUCUCACCCCUGGUUUAAACCGAGGGAGGUGGCAUAGUACCCCUUUCGAUGCCCCAAAAAGUGAUUUUUUUUCAGAAGUUCUGACCAUGAGUCGUCACUGGCCAGGCCUUCAUUGUAAAUAAUAAUUUGUUCUUAAUUGACUCAUAUGGUUAAAUAAAGCUUAAAAUGUAUAUAUAAUUGCCCAUAAUUGUGCCCCGACUGAAUUUCAACACUGACUAGAACUGAGCUGACAUUGACCCUAACUGCCCCAGCCUGCUUGGUCAAAAGGUCAUAGCUGUAGUCAUGACCUCUCAUGAAAGGAAAUUAGAUUACCUUUUGGGUAAUUUCAGUGUCAAUCAUUCGAAUUCUAGUCAGUUUUGGACAUCGAAAGCUAGUACCCCUGUCCACACACUCUUUCCAUGGUGCUGAUUCAUCAGACCCCCCCCCCCCCCGAUACCCCAUGGCAGCCACCCGUGGAGCUCCCUCCCUCUCCUGCCUGUCCGCCUGCGCCCCUAUCACCUUUCUACACCUCCACCUGGUCUCUCCCAUUACCUGCGCUAUCAAUACCAUCUGCCAAUCACUCAGCGAGGCCGGGCGAUUGACCGUUUGAGGCAACCUUGAGUGCCCUCCGCCACCGGCUGUGUAACCCAGACGACCUUCCUGAAACUCUGCCUUUCGAGUGUUUCUGUGUGAGGCCCGCUGUUACCUCAGUCAAAUUGCUGAUCUACAAUCCCUUCCCCCCCCUUUCCAUUUAAUCAUUUUCAAUAUUAUCUUGUAGGCAAAACUGAUCCUAGAUCAGCACUCCCUACUAAAACUAUUUUAUAAUUCUGCUCACCAAGGCCUUUAAGAGCAGGGCUGGAUAAAGUAUGCACACCCUGUAGCUGGUACAGUAUUUGGAAUAACUUAUGCCCAUUCCCUAGAAGUUAAUGUAAAAUAGGAAUGAUAAUUGGGUAACAUGCUAAAUGUCUUUUUAAAUCUCCUCCUACCGUUUCAUUCCUUACUCAGAUAAAAAGCAACUGUAUUUUUAAAAUUGUACAGAGUGGAGUAGGGGCCUGAGGGCACACACUUAUUCGUGUGUUGUGAAAUAUGUUAUGAAUGUAUUGUAAUGUUUUUAAUAAUAAAUACAAAUACAGAGAAGACUGUUAAGGUCAGAUAUAGUACAACCAAACGACUCGCUGGAGUUGUUAGACAGAACGUCUUUGUCAGCACCUCUACAGCCGUUAAGAUUCAGGUUGCAAGGCUCUCGAAUCAGUGGACUGUCACAAACUGGUUUGAGAUACAGCCUGUCUUAAUAAGGCUGUCUAGGUUUGGCAGUGCUCCACCGCCGCUGUAAAUCAAACGUAUUUCUAAUGCCUCGUAUUUCUAACGCCUUCCACCAGGCAGGCACACACACACACUCAAAUACACUCACUAGCAGCAGCCUCCCGCACAGUAGGUCCUUAGCCCCGGCCACCGUGGUGGAGAAAGGGGCUAACUGCUAGACCAAAUACGAGGCAUUAGAAAUACCAAACAAUUCUGAAAGUACAUGCAAUUUUCAAGUGUUCCACCACAAACGGUCAUAAAUUGCACAAGUAUCAGACACUGCAAGCUCCCAAGCUACUACCUGAUCAACGCAACAUUGACAGUAUCCCACCCCUAGUAAGCCACUAUUUGCUUAAAAACACAAUAUCUGCCAGUUCAUUUCCAGCAAUAUUGCCCCUGUCUGUCUGUGUUUUGUGCGCGUUUGUCUAUCACUCCGUGUGUAGCCAGCCAGUUGAUGUGAUAACGCUCUUGUGGGUUGACAGAAAUACUUUCCCCAAAACCUUGUCAAUUAAAUGUUAACUGCAAAGUAGGCUUGCCUGUCAGAAGUACAUCAUGAGUAUCAUUUGUAUCUAUUAUGAGUUAUUUGCAAACUUUGCCAUGAAAUGAGCAGUAGCAGUACAGAACCAUCUCUAGACCCGCACAUAAGAUUGCACAUUCCUCACUCGCUAGAUGCGCGAUUAAAGGGCCAGAUGUGCAAUUGAAGGGGAAUUACACUCAAAAAUGUGUUAUUGUUUUUGUUUUGGAAGAAAACUAAGGUCUUCUGAUGUAAUUUAAACAAUGACAUGGACUCAGAACAUUCAAUGUCGUUGUUUCUCUAUCAACAAUUGUAAUUUUGAGAGUGAAAAAAUAAUACUUCUAAAACCAGGAAAAUAACUAAGGAAACAUAAUUGGGGAAAAUAUAAAACAUAAUUUGCGAGAAAAAAAUCACAGAUUUUAUAUGGCACCACUUAGUUGUUUAUUAACCAUUAUUUUACCAGGUAUAUUGACAGAAAACAGUGCACUACUUUCUCUUGUACACUAAGGACCCAGGAAAGGGUUGCAGGGGAGAUGAGAAGAAUGUGCCUAUUUGAGUAGCUCGCGACAUGUUUCAUUUUAUAAAGUAGCUCUCAUGCUAGAAAAGGUUGGAGACCCCUGUGCUAGACAGUGGUAAUGGGGAUUGAUAGGUAAAGCCUUCCGCACCUCUGAUUCAGAGGGGUUGGGUUAAAUGCGGAAGACACAUUUCAGUUGAUUGCGUUCAGUUGUACAACUGACUAGGUAUCCCCCUUUCCCUUUACCUGGAACGGGGUUGGGAGUUGGGACAUCGAUCUUUAUCUGACGGUGUUAUUGUGGCUUUGAUGGUACUCUCAUUCAUUUAUUCCUUUUUAUUUUUUGCUAUCCGUCUGUCUUUCUCACUGUUUUGCUCUCUUUCUUUCUCUUUCUUUCUUUCGUGCUCUCUCGCUCUCUCUCAACCCUCCACAGAGGUAAAUUUUUGCGAAAAAAAAACGAUAAGGUAUUGAAUAAUUUAUUUAAGACAAUUAAUGACUUGUUGCAUGACAGAUUCUGCAUCUUGUCAUGUAAUGGAAUGUGAAUGAGUGAUGAUUAUUGAGAAACUAUUCACACCCCUUGACCUUUUCUACAUUUUGUUGUUACAGAUGGAAUUUAAAAUGGAUAAAAUUGUUAUUUCUUGUCACUGGCCUACACAUAAUGUGAAAGUGGAAUUAUGUUUUUCGAAAUGUUUACAAAUUAAUUAAAAAUGAAAAGAUGAAAUGUCUUGAGUCAAUAAGUAUUCAACACCUUGUUAUGGCAAGCCUAAAUAAAAAAAAUCUGCUUAAGUCGCAUAAUAAGUUGCAUGGACGACUCUGUGUGCAAUAAUAGAGUUUAACAUGAUUUUUGAAUGAUUACCUCAUCUCGGUACCCCACACAUACAAUUAUCUGUAAGGUCCCUCAGUCGAGCAGUGAAUUUCAAACACAGAUUCAUCCACAAAGACCAGGGAUGUUUUCCAAUGCCUCGCAAAUAAGGGUAAAAAUAAGAAAAGCAGACAUUGAAUAUCUCUUUGAGCAUGUUGAAGUUAUUAACUACACUUUGGAUGGUGUAUCAAUACACCCAGUCACUACAAAGAUACAGGCGUCCUUCCUAACUCAGUUGCCGGAGAGGAAGGAAACCGCUCAGGGAUUUCACCAUGAGGCCAAUGGUGACUUUAAAACAGUUACAGAGUUUAAUGGCUGUCAUAGGAGGAAACUGAGGAUGGAUCAACAUUGUAGUUACUCCACAAUACUAACCUAAUUGACAGAGUGAAAAGAAGGAAGCCUGUACAGAAUACAAAUAUUCCAAAACAUGCAUUCUGUUUGCAAUAAGGCACUAAAGUAAUACUGCAAAAAAAUGUGGCGAAGCAGUUCACUUUUUGUAAUGAAUACAAAGUGUUAUGUUUGAAGCAAAUCCAAUACAGCACAUUGCUGAGUACCACUCUCCAUAUAUUCAAGCAUCAUGUUGUGGGAAUGCUUGUAAUCGUUAAAGACUGGGGAGUUUUUCAGGUAAAAAAAACCAACUGAAUGGAGUUGAGCACAGGCAAAAUCCUAGAGGAAAACCUGGUUCAGUCUGCUUUCCACCAGACACUGGGAGAUUAAUUCCCCGUUCAGCAGUACAAUAACCUUAAACACAAGGCCAAAUCUACACUGGAGUUGCUGACCAAGAAGACAGUGAAUGUUCCUGAGUGGCUGAGUUACAGCUUUGACUCAAAUCUGGUUGAAAAUCUAUGGCAAGACCUGAAAAAUGGUUGUCUAGCAAUGAAAAACAACCAAUUUGACAGAGCUUGAAGAGGUGUUUUUAAGAGAAAUGGGAAAAUGUUGCACAAUCCAGGUGUGGAAAGCUCUUAGACUUACCCUGAUAGACUCACAGCUGUAAUCGCUGCCAAAGGUGAUUCUAACAUGCAUUGACUCAGGGGGUUGAAUAUUUAUGUAAUCAAGAUAUAUUAGUGUUUUAUUUUUCCAUGUAUUUUUUUUAAACACAUUUUUGCAUUACAGUAUUUUGUGUAGAUUGUUGACAAAAAAAUUAACCCCACUUUGUAACACAGCAAAAUGUGGAAAAAGUCAAGGGGUGUGAAUACUUUCUGAAGGCACUGUACCUUUUUAAUAACCUUGGCCAGCCUUGCCUCAGUCCUGUCCUUACACCCUAAGUGUACCUGUAUUUUCUCCAGUGGUGUAAAGUACUUAAGUAAAAAUACUUUAAAGUACUACUUAAGUAGUUUUUUUGUGUAUCUGUACUUUACUUUACUAUGUACAGUGGGGGAAAAAAGUAUUUAGUCAGCCACCAAUUGUGCAAGUUCUCCCACUUAAAAAGAUGAGAGAGGCCUGUAAUUUUCAUCAUAGGUACACGUCAACUAUGACAGACAAAUUGAGGAAAAAAAAUCCAGAAAAUCACAUUGUAGGAUUUUUUAUGAAUUUAUUUGCAAAUGAUGGUGGAAAAUAAGUAUUUGGUCACCUACAAACAAGCAAGAUUUCUGGCUCUCACAGACCUGUAAAUUCUUCUUUAAGAGGCUCCUCUGUCCUCCACUCGUUCCCUGUAUCAAUAGCACCUGUUUGAACUUGUUAUCAGUAUAAAAGACACCUGUCCACAAUCUCAAACAGUCACACUCCAAACUCCACUAUGGCCAAGACCAAAGAGCUGUCAAAGGACACCAGAAACAAAAUUGUAGACCUGCACCAGGCUGGGAAGACUGAAUCUGCAAUAGGUAAGCAGCUUGGUUUGAAGAAAUCAACUGUGGGAGCAAUUAUUAGGAAAUGGAAGACAUACAAGACCACUGAUAAUCUCCCUCGAUCUGGGGCUCCACGCAAGAUCUCACCCCGUGGGGUCAAAAUGAUCACAAGAACGGUGAGCAAAAAUCCCAGAACCACACGGGGGGGACCUAGUGAAUGACCUGCAGAGAGCUGGGACCAAAGUAACAAAGCCUACCAUCAGUAACACACUACGCCGCCAGGGACUCAAAUCCUGCAGUGCCAGACGUGUCCCCCUGCUUAAGCCAGUACAUGUCCAGGCCCGUCUGAAGUUUGCUAGAGUGCAUUUGGAUGAUCCAGAAGAGGAUUGGGAGAAUGUCAUAUGGUCAGAUGAAACCAAAAUAGAACUUUUUGGUAAAAACUCAACUCGUCGUGUUUGGAGGACAAAGAAUGCUGAGUUGCAUCCAAAGAACACCAUACCUACUGUGAAGCAUGGGGUUGGAAACAUCAUGCUUUGGGGCUGUUUUUCUGCAAAGGGACCAGGACGACUGAUCCGUGUAAAGGAAAGAAUGAAUGGGGCCAUGUAUCGUGAGAUUUUGAGUGAAAACCUCCUUCCAUCAGCAAGGGCAUUGAAGAUGAAACGUGGCUGGGUCUUUCAGCAUGACAAUGAUCCCAAACACACCGCCGGGGCAACGAAGGAGUGGCUUCGUAAGAAGCAUUUCAAGGUCCUGGAGUGGCCUAGCCAGUCUCCAGAUCUCAACCCCAUAGAAAAUCUUUGGAGGGAGUUGAAAGUCCGUGUUGCCCAGCGACAGCCCCAAAACAUCACUGCUCUAGAGGAGAUCUGCAUGGAGGAAUGGGCCAAAAUACCAGCAACAGUGUGUGAAAACCUUGUGAAGACUUACAGAAAACGUUUGACCUGUGUCAUUGCCAAUAAAGGGUAUAUAACAAAGUAUUGAGAAACUUUUGUUAUUGACCAAAUACUUAUUUUCCACCAUAAUUUGCAAAUAAAUUCAUUAAAAAUCCUACAAUGUGAUAAUCUGGAGAAAAAAAAAUCUCAAUUUGUCUGUCAUAGUUGACGUGUACCUAUGAUGAAAAUUACAGGCCUCUCUCAUCUUUUUAAGUGGGAGAACUUGCACAAUUGGUGGCUGACUAAAUACUUUUUUUCCCCACUGUAUGUGUUUGCCAACUUUUACUUUUACUUCAGUACAUUCCUAAAGAAAAUAAUGUACUUUUUACUCCAUACAUUUUCCCUGACACCCAAAAGUACUCAUUACAUUUUGACUAGAAAAUGGUCCAAUUGACGCACUUAUCAAGAGAACAUCCCUGGUAAUCUCUACUGUCUCUGAUCUGGCGGAAUCACUAAACACAAAUGCUUCGCUUGUAAAUUAUGUCUGAGUUGGAGUGUGCCCCUGGCUAUCCGUAAUAAAAAAAAAUAAUAAUAAUGGUGCCGUCUGGUUUGUAUAUUUGAGCAAUUCCAUUUACUUUUGAUACUUAAGUAUAUUUAAAACCAAAUAGUUUUAGACUUUUACUCAAGUAGUAUUUUACUGGGUGACUUUCACUUUUACUUGAGUCAUUUUCUAUUAAGAUAUAUUUUACUGAAGUAUGACAAUUGAGUACUUUUUCCACCACUGAUUUUCUCUCUCUUGUGCUCUCACUUUCUCUCUCUCUCUCUCACUCACUCACACACACUCACACACACACACAGUCUCUAUCUCCCUCUCUAACUUUUCUCCCUCCCUCUCUCUCUCUCAGCCUGUCCAUCUAGCCCAGAGCAGUUUCCUGGUGGAGGCCUUUGGCAAAUCUUUCAUCCUGGACUUGGAGCUGAACCAGUGAGUUGACACACUGCUCUGCCCAUCACCAGCAUUCUAUACAAUACAGGGUUGUGUUCAAUUGAGCUUUCUAUUCAGGACAUUUUUAUUCAAUUCAUGAAUAAAAAAUGGCCCAAUGUUGCCUAUGUGGAUUCUGUUGAUUUUAAUUUACUUCCGAAAUUGGCUGAAUUAAAAACGGAAUUUACCCCAACCCUGAUACAAUUCAUUAAGGGUUUCUUCACUAGAAUGGAAUGUCUAAAACAUUGUAGAUGAUGGUAACAAUUUGAUGCUCGUAGACUAAAGUUAAAUCACAACAUAUACUUGCAUUCUCCUCCUCCUCCUCACCAACACAUUGGACACAUUAUUCUAAUGGGUUUUGUUUAUGUAGCACUCUUUGCUAGCUCUCAAAGCAUUUUACAUGGCAUAGAGGUAACUGGCCCCAUCCAUCCACCACCACUUUUCUACUCAAUGCCUCCAUCAAUCCAAUUUGGAUUUGUAUGGUGCUUUUCACAAAUGCGUUUUGUAUGCGAUUUUCUCUUGUAAUGAUUAUGCCUGAAUGGGAAAUGUCAUUGCUCGCUCUCGCGCUCUCUCUCUUUUUCCCCAGCAAUCUCCUGUCUUCGGAUUAUGUGGAGCGGCACUUUGACGACAAAGGGAGACCGUCUCAGAAUAUGGUGAACUUGUUUUCAUCCAUCCGUCAAUCCAUUCACUAGGGUAUAGAUAUGAAGGUUGGCUCAUGAGUGUCUAGUAUGAUCAUCAAACGCAACACCUAAAGCAUUCAAAGAUGACUUUAUAGUGGCUUUUAAAGUAUGCUGUAACACACCAUAACAAAGAUGAAGAUGCAGUAAUAUUGAUGUGCUGCUCAUUGGCAAGCACUUUAGACAUUCUUCACACUGAUGGUCAUUAUAAUGCUGUAUGAUCCUUGAGUAAAAAGUGACCAGAAAGGAUGAAGCACUAUGACGCUGUACAUUAUAAGUGAUUAUGAUGAUACUUAUAAUGCAUUAGGAGUAUUGGUAUAUGGAAUGAUGAGUCUUUAUGUGCGUCUAUAACUAUGCUUAUACUGUGUCAUUACUCCAGUAUGUGUGUGUCAGAGGACUUCUUCUUUGGAGGACUGAGAGGUGUCUUGUUCCUGCAGGCAUGAAUAGCCAGUACUGCGGUGCGGAAGUUUAAUGAAAUUGGAGAGAUGCAAUUACGCCGGUCGUUUUGCAAGGUCAACGUCUAACCCCUUUUUAAGGUGCCCUAGACGGACUUAACCGAAAACUAUUCACGGCUAGAUAGUGCAAGGUCAUGUACUUGUUUAGUUCUUAUUUGAUCUAAUCUUAAUUUAGUCUCUCCAUUUGUCUUGUCAUUUUGUCCUUGAGUGUGAUGGUAAAUAAAAACAGUUUGAGAAACACUUGAGUAGCUUUCUGCCAUCUUGGAAUUGGCACUUUCCUCUCCUAUUUUGGCCACCUCUCUCCCUUAGCUGAGACCUGGUAGCAGUACUUGAUAGGGCUGUAACAAAACAGGGCUGUUUUACUCUAGUUUGUCAGUACCAAUUAGCAUCCUUCAUUCUCAUUGGCUGUGUCCUUGGAUAAGUGGGGCAUCUCAUUCAACUCCCUCCUUAAUGGGGUGUCUUCUCCUCUCAUCUGUUCAUUAGCAAAUAAGUGGUUCUGCAAAAUCAGCAGUGCUGCUGAGUUGCCCAUUCAGAUAUUAGCUACAUUUCCACACUUUUUGAUCGUGCAAUGGCAAGCGCAGCCCAGGCGCUAGAACAAGAGGAGUGCCAGGGGUCACUUUUAAAAUCUGCUGGGUGUAAAUGAGUGAGUAUGUUUCUAUUGAGUGUGUCCUCCGCAGUGUCCCUCUCCCCCCAGGGUGCCAGACUGCGACUAUUUGACUUGGCUGUGAGAGUAAACAUUUGAAUUGGUCGUAUUGGUGUGAGCUGCACCUUCUACAUGGUCACCUCACUCAAACCAUCCAUUUUUGGGGCUGCUAAAACCAUGAUUGGUCAAACAGUAAAGUGCAUAAUCCUCAUGAUUCCUGUAUUAUAAGUGUCUGCCCUGCCGCUGUGCCUGUUUCGGUGGGCCUGCUGAUGUGAUUAGCGAGCCACUCUCCUCUCCGGGAGAAAGAAAUGCGAUCUGAUUGGAUAACAUUUCAAAAUGCAAUUGCAUUUUACCUACAAACAAUACCAUGUUUGUAGGUAUAAUAUUUAUUUCUCAAUAUUGAGCUGAGUAGCAACUAUUUUACAAACAAGAUAUAUGAUAUGGCUUUGAGAUACAUUAAAAUUUUUGAUUAGGACAUUACAUUUACUGUUAGAUUUAUACAUGGAUACUAGCAGCGAUCUGGCUAAUGUGUUUUGAGUUUCCACUUCCUCAAGUGGUGAAUUAGUCCCAAAUGAAUUAGCCUAUGAUAAUAGUGUACAAGAAAAUAUAAAUAACAAUCUGAAGACCUAUUCCGACAGUAAAAUAUAUCAAUGGCCUAUUUGUCAACCCAAAAUUCAUGACAAUCACUGGAUUAGGUUGCACAUCAAAAUAUUAAAUCAUAUUGAAAUAUGCAUUCCUGCAUGUUAGAUGAAACCACUUAUUUCUUGACUAGCAUCUCAGUAGUCUAUUAUACUUGAAUGACCCCCCCCCCCCCUCCCCCCUCCAUCCUGCCUCUCCUCUGAAAGUGUGUGUGUGUGUGUGUGGAUGUGUCUGGCCUCUCCUCCUCUGAAAGGACACUCAAUCCACCUCCUUCGCUAAUGGCCACAGCAGAGUGUGAGCCAAUCUGAUUUCCUCCACUUACCCUUGUAAUCCUGCCCUUUAUUUAUUUAUCUAUUUAUUUAUCUCAGUCCCGUGCUAAGUGCUCUGACUGGGCUUCCUCCCUAAUUGGUGUGAAUGGCCCCAUUGUCUCACCCACUAAAGACACAGGAGAAAUUAAGCUAACGCCAAGCUAGAGUUUAUUAUGGCAACUCAUUCUAAACCACUACAGUUGACUAAUGAAGAGAGCCAAGUUUCAUUAUGGUUAGCUCAUGCUAAACCGCUACAGGAGAGGAAUGAAGCUAAGCUAACGUUCAUUAUGGCUAGCUCAUGGUAAACCGCUACCAAAUAUACUUUUAACUAAGCCAAGAUGGGACAAAUGGGCUUUUUACAAUGGAAACCACAGAAGGACAGUUCUCAGGACAAGGAAGGACAUGGGCAGAGCCAAGCAAGAGCUUACGCGACCCAAUUGGCGCAUUUUAUCAUGUAUUUGCUCCUUUCUGUUAGUGAACGCCUACUCUCUGAAGUGCACAUGUGCAAGCCAAGAACUCUAACUGCCAUUGCACUCCUUCUAAACAAAGCCUUUUUUUUUUUUUUUUACUUUGGCAAUGGGUAAAGUCUACAAAACUUAGUGCACUCUGUUCGUAACAGAUUUUAGUUUUGGGAACAGAAAACUAUAUUGAAAUUGAAUGUUUUAUCUAUGAUAAAAUUAGCAGAAUGUCGGCCCAGUUUAAUCUUGCUCCAUCUUCGCCCUCUGCCUACUCACACUGAACUUAAUCUCAUCACCAUAUUUGGUGGUGAGUGGAAGCCCCCACUGGAUGCUUCAGGUUUUUACUCCAUGUGACAUUUGCAUUUUAGUCAUUUAGCAGACGCUCUUAUCCAGAGCAACUUACAGUAGUGAGUUCAUAAAUUGUCAUACUUUUUUCAUUACCUGUCUGUGUUUCCCCUUUUAUCUUUGCCGCUACAGUAGAGAAAUGAAGCUAAGGUUCAUUAUGGCUAGCUCGCAUGCUAAACCGCUACAGUAGAGAAAUGAAGCUAAGGUUCAUUAUGGCUAGCUCGCAUGCUAAACCGUUACAGGAGAGGAAUGAAGCUACGGUUCAUUAUGGCUAGCUCGCAUGCUAAACCGCUACAGGAGAGAAAUGAAGCUAAGCUACACUAAGGGUCAUUAUGGCUAGCUCAUACAAAAUCUUGCCUUCAUUCUGGAAAAAGAACUGGACGGGUGAAAGCAUGUUGCUGGAAAGGAAUCGGUCAUGUUGCUUUAGUCUGGCUUGGGUUUUCAGACCAGUGCAGAUAAAGGAAAGCGCAGAGGAGAGGGGGCCACUGUAGUCUAUUGAUAUUCAGCCUUGGUCUGUCUGGUUGGUUGGAUACAGGUUGGAGUAAGGUUUGACCAAGCGGGAAAAAAACACUAGCCCCAGGUUGUUGCUUGAACGGUGUAAACAGUUAUAGUCUGCUCCACUUGAACGCAGCUUUUCUUCUGUUGUUUAGCGUGCGAGACGACAGUGGGCUCAGAUGACAGUGGUGCAUAACUUAUUGGUGUUCAUUACACUGACUGACUGAGUGACACACAGACACUGAUGUUUUCCUAUUCUAAUACACACACACAUCUGAUUCUCACCCACACCUGUCUGGUGAUGAAAUAUAGUCUCUGCUGUCUAUUCUUCACGCAUCAGUACCCACUGUAGGUGUGGGUUCUCUCCUCUGAUUUAUAGUAGUUACUGAUAUAGCUUUGUUGACCAAGCAGCUCAUUUAGACCCACUCCUGGGGGGUGUUGCUUCACACUUAAUCAGUGGUGUUGAUUGCAUUUUCGUCUUUGGUUAGCUGACUCUAUUUCAUCGACUCGUGCCUUCCUUUGUUUAACUUGGGAGGGCAAAGUAGAUUUUAAUGCUGUGUGUGUGUUUACAGGGAGGGGAACACUGUUACUACCAUGGGUGGCUGAGGGGGGUACCAGGCUCGUGGGUAGCUCUCUCUACCUGCCAUGGAUUACGGUGAGUCAAGGCUAUGCCCACCCUCUGCCCAUUCCAUGCCCACUGUUUUUCUCUAUCUGCAAACCCUACCAGUGUUCCCAUUUGCUACUACUAACUCUACUAGCCUCACUCUUGUUUUCUAUCUCUCUCCAGUGGGAUGUUUUCCGAUGGGAACUUUUCCUAUGGGAUUGAGCCUGUUCUCAAUACCAGUGAUGAGGUGAGUAUGAAUAAGGGAAGAGGAUGGAGGGGUGGAUACCCUUAGAAGAAAAAUGGGGAGUUGCUGGUGGAUUUUGUCUCUAAAGUGGCUCCAACAUACUGCUCAGUAGAGACCGUCUGUUCCUCCUCUCUUUCCCUCUUUAUCUCUCCCUCUCUCACUCACUGGCAGUACAGACAGUGUUACUCCAUCUGUGUGUUGCAGUAUGAAAAGUAUUGAGUUGAAACACAGUCCCAUGGUGUAGAGUGUGGAGUGUUAGUGUGAGAGACAGAACUAACUACCAAUUCUAAGGCUGGAAUUCAAUAAAACGCACCAUAGCAAUGUUUGUGCAGUGUUUUCCUUUACAAACUACAGCCUGCACGCACUUCUUAUUGUGAAAUCUGGAAGCAUAUAGUUAGUCUGGAAGUGCUAGUAGGCUUUUAAACUACCCAAAAAACAUUCUGAUUUUGUUUGACCAUGGAAAAAUGAGCUACUGUGUAAAAGUGAAUAACGGAAUGUGGGCUUGAUGGAAAUGACAGCUGAAUCUAUUCUUCCUCUUUUUCUGAUUUUUCUUUCUUCCCAUAUAUCUCCAAGACCAUUCAGUGCUAAAUCGUUGGAAGUCUUUGAAGCUAUCACUUUAACCUUUGUCCCAUCUGUCUCCUCCUCCUGUCCAGGAUGAACUAUAACCCCCUGUUUGCCAUCCAAGCCAAAGCCAUUUUAUAUUUACAUGUAAAGUUUCUGGUCCCAGCCAUACAUUAGAAACCCCACAGAGGACGCAAUCCUUGAUGUCUGUAGACAAAUAAGUAAUACACUUGGCUCUAACAUGAUUAUGCACUGUGUGUAUAGUUCAUCCCAGAGCCAUAUAUUUAGAUCAAACGUGAGUAGUGGGGAAAAUACGUUCUCUCCCAGCCUUGGAUGUUAGGGGAAGCAGCACCAGUAUAGGAUGCAGGAUAUAGGAUGAUAUAAUAUGUAAACCAAAGUGAUAUUAUGCAUAUUAUGGCUAUGUCCCAUACUCCGCUACUUUGUGGACCUCUCCUUUUGAGAGAUCAGUUUGGGCUGCAAAACAGAAAAGAGUUUGGAAGAAAAGGAGAGGAAAAGUGAGGGGUAGGAUAGAAGAGGCGGAAGGCUAUUCCAUUAGGACGACGGGUAAUUGAGGUACAGUACACAGCUCCAUUACAUGGACUGGAACGAUAGAUCGAUGUGACCUCUCCCCCACCCUCUCGUUCUCCCUCCUGAAUAUCGGAUGGCCUCCCUUCCCCUCCCCUUUUCCCCAGAUGGGUCAUUUUCAUAAAGUAUUUAGCUCCUCUGCUCAAGUUAGACUCUCCAUGCAGCCCUCAAAUGCUCGAUGAUGCCAUCCUGAAAGCAAUGGAUCAAUUAUGCAUUAUGGCGCUUUGCUCUUUUUUUAUUACUCAUACACUACAUGACCAAAAGUAUGCUGCUCAUCGAACAUCUCAUUCCAAAAUCAUGGGCAUUAAUAUGGAGUUGGUCCCCCCUCUGCUGCUCUAUCAGCCUCCACUCUUUUCUGGAAGGCUUUCCACUUGAUGUUGGAACAUUGCUGCGGGGACUUGCUUCCCUACAGCCACGAGCAUUAGUGAGGUCGGGCACUGAUGUUAGGCAAUUAGGCCUGGCUCGCAGUCGGCGUUCCAAGUCAUCCCAAAGGUGUUCAAUGGGGUUGAGGUCAGGGCUCUGUGCAGGCCAGUCAAGUUCUUCCACACCGAUCUCGACAAACCAUUUCUGUAUGGACCUCACUUUGUGCACGGGGGCGUUGUCAUGCUGAAACAAGGAAGGGCCUUCCCUAAACUGUUGCCACCAAGUCGGAAGUACAGAAUUGUCUAGAAUGUCAUUUUAUGCUGUAGUGUUAAGAUUUCCCUUCACUGGAACUAAGGGGCCCGAACCAUGAAAAUCAGCCCCAGAACAUUAUUCCUCCUCCACCAGACUUUACAGUUGGCACUAUGCAUUGGGGCAGGUAGUGUUUUCCUGGUAUCCGCCAAACCCAGAUUUGUCUGUCGUACUGCCAGAUGGUGAAGCGUGAGAGAAUGCGUUUUCACUGCUCCAGAGUCUAAUGGCGGCGAGCUUUACACCAAUCCAACUGACACUUGGCAUUGUGCAUGGUGAUCUUAAGCUUGUGUCUGGCUGCUCGGCCAUGGGAAACCCAUUUCAUGAAGCUCCCGACGAACAGUUCUUGUGCUGAAGUUGCUUCCAGAUGCAGUUUGGAACUCGGUAGUGAGUGUUGUAACCAAGGAUAGACAAUUUUUACUCUUCAGCACUCGGUGGUCCCGUUCUGUGAGCUUGUGAGCUUGUGUGGCCUGUUUUUGCUCCUAGAUGUUUCCACUUCACAAUAACAGCACUUACAGUUGACCAGGGCAGCUCUAGCAGGGCAGAAAAUUGACGAACUGACUUGUUGGAAAUGUGGCAUCCUAUGACGGUGCCACGUUGAAAGACACUGAGCUCUACAGUACGGGCCAUUCUACUGCCAACAUUUGUCUAUGGAGAUUGCAUGGCUGUGUGCUCGAUUUUAUACACCUGUCAGCAACGGGUGUGGCUGAAAUAGCCGAAUCCACUCAUUUGAAGGGGUGUCCAUAUAUGUUUGUGUAUAUUAGAGAACAUAUUGCCGUCUUGCACAGGGGGAAAAAGAUGAUCAGUCAAUAACAGUGAUAGCACUUAAUCAUUGCCAACCAAUAUAUCAUAAGAAUGGAGGGUACUAACUUUUUCUGUAUUUACAACUGUCUUAACCAACAUCCACCAAUCCCACAAUAUAAAUAUUGCAUUGCCAUUGGUUCUAACGCUGUUGUGGCUCUGUGUACUGCUGUAGGAGCAGAACGAUCACGUGGUGUAUCGAAUGCCUGACCUGGACCUGCUACUGUCACUGCAAUGUCCAGGUAAAGCCUUUAACUAACCCAUCUCUCCUCUGUGUCUGUCAUCCCCUACCUUUGGCUAUGUCUUUUUGGGGUGCAUCUCAAUAGUCUAAAUUGGAGUCUUGUCCUCGCCUCCUCCUUUCCUCUUGUCUCCAGUCCUACAGCCUUAAAAUACUCUGUUUUUUCCAUCUGUGUUCAUUUUUGCUCUUCCAUAAGCACCGCUGCUUCAGUCACCUUUCCUCUCGACAGGGACAUAGUACAUGCCCAUCCUUUCACUCUCUCUCUCUCUCGCUCUCUCUCUCCUUCUCUCUCUCUCCCUGUCUCCUGCUUUCUGGCUGCCCUCCUUGUCCUCUCCUUGGUUUUCAUAUGGCCUCCCCCCACCACACCACCCCUCCACACUGUCUGCAGGAUAUUGAUUUCCUCUGUGGAUCAUUUGACAAAAAUGGACAUGGCUUCAUUGACAGAAGGGACUGAUGAGUGUGCACUGCUCAUAUCACCUCUUCGCUCUCCUACCCUGUUCUCUCUCCUCUCAUCCUCUUCACUCUCCCCUUCCGCACUCCUACCCAUUUGCCCCCUCCCUUCCUCCUUUUUCCCCCUCCUUCACAGGUUGCUCAUUGAACAGCAGUGACACUGAAGGGAACUCUGAAAAUGACACUGACCCUGCUGGUGAUGAUGAUGGUAUCUUGUCAGAGCCGGAGGAGCCAAUCUUCAUAGAGGAAGGGUUGAGACGUACAAAGAGACAGGUGAGGACCUGAUGUCCUGAUAAGCUGGCACACACACAUUAAUGCAGGCAUACACACUCAUGCACCUGCGAACACAUAUACACAUACACCUGUAAACACCCACUGUUGCCGCACACAUAGCUACAGUUGCAGCACACUGUUGCCAAAUGCACACUGCUUGCAGAGACACUAACAAAAACUGAGAACAAACCCAUAAUGUAACACGAUACAAUGACACAACGCAAUCAAUGUUUUACAAUGUAACACAUUUAAUCUCACACGUAACACAAUCAAUUUAUAAUCGUGAUGUGCUCACAAAUAUCCCUUACAUAUUGGCUGUUGUGUAGUAAGAGUAGAAUGCCCAAGUAACCAGAGCCAGCCACCGUUAUAUCACUUUCAGACACAUAGCGAUUUAAUAGCAGAUGAAUCGAGGCUGAAAUCAAAGUUUUGGUGCCCUUCUCAAGGACAAGAACCUGGGCUAUAGAGUUUCAUCUGCAGUAGCUGCGGUAGAUUCCAAUAUGGUUAGUAGGUAUGUGUCCUCAAUGGGGGUGAAUAAGGCUGCAUGUGAAAUGGCACCUUAUUCCCUAUAUAGUGCACUACUUUUGACCAGGGCCCGGUUUCCGAAAAGCAUCUUAAGGCUAAGUUCAUCUUUUGAACCUUCGUAGGCGCAUCGUUAAAUCUCCGAGCUAUUUCCCAAGACCAUCGUUGUUAACGUUGAACUUGAAAACACUAAGUGCGUCGUUAGAUGCUGUUUUGCCAUCGUUUCACUUUACACACAGAAGAUCUCCGCUAAACAUAGUAUCACAUGGAUAAUCAGUCUCUCUGUAACCGUCGACAACUUCAGAACAAAGUUGCCUACAAAUACAAAGUUGCCAAUAUCUUUGCAGUUGAUACAAACAAGUGACAUAUAAAAAUAUGCUUCAAAUGAAAACCGAGAUGACUGCAUUAAAAUAUAAUGUUGUUAGGCUAUAGGCCUAUAUCAAUAAAUUGAAAUACAUUUCAUGUUCAAUAAAUUGAGUUAUAUUUAGCUAUGUGUAGGCUACUGUCUGUAAUGUGUCUCAAUAUAGUUCAUGAUGUGUAGUCUAACAUGUGCUUAAUGAUUUUCCAAAUUGUUGGUAAUAUCUCUCUAGAAACUGAUCCGUCGUCAGUGUUGUGAAAUAAUUAUAAUGUUAAGGUAAAUUUUGAAUGGAGAAAGCUGAUCCAAGAGCAGUGCUCCCUUUCUUUCGAUCCUAUCAGUAUCGACAAAUGCUCCAACGACGCACUUAGAGACCGUUUUGGGAAAUGCAUGUUACAUCUUCUGCGUUUGUAGGAAAACUGCAUCGUUAAAACACUCAUGCCUAAAUUCCAUCGCUAUUGGGAAACCGGGCCUCAGGGCCCAUAGGGUGAAUAGGGUGCCAUUGCAGAUGUACCAGGCUGAAGUGAAGCAGCGCUCUCUCACCCCCCAACAGGUCAGACGCGGACAACGCACGGUCCAGACAGAGACCAAGUACAUCGAGCUGAUGGUGGUGAACGAUCACGACCUGGUACGUUCAAGUCGACAUAGGCUAGGCAUAUAGUGCCUUCAGAAAGUAUUCACACCUCUUGACUUUUUCCACAUUUUGUUGUAUUACAGCCUGAAUUUAAAAUUGAUUAAAUUGGGAUUUUGUUUCACUGACCUACAAAUAAUACCCCAUAAUGUUAAAGUGAUUUAUUUUUUAAAGAUGAAAUCGCUAGAGUCAAUAAGUAUUCAAGCCCUUUGUUAUGGCAAUCCUAAAUAAGAUCAGGAGUAGAAAUGUGCUAAUCAAGUCACAAAACUUGCAUAGACUCACUUGUGUGAAAUAAUAGUGUUUAACAGUGAAUGACUACCUCAUCUCUGUACCCCACACAUACAAUUAUCUGUAAGGUCCCUCAGUCGAGCAGUGAAUUUCAAACACAGAUUCAACCACAAAGACAAGGGAGGUUUUCCAGUUCCUCGCAAAGAAGGGCACCUAUUGAUAGAUGGGUAAAAACAAAAGCUGACAUUAAAUAUAAUUUUGAGCAUGGUGAAGUUAUUCAUUACACUUUGGAUGGUGUAUCAAUACACCCAGUCACUACAAAGAUACAGGUGUCCUUUCUAACUCAGUUGCCGGAGAGGAAGGAAACCGCUCAGUGAUUUCACCAUGAGGCCAAUGGUGAUUUUAAAACAGUUAGAGUUUAAUGGCUGUGAUGGGAGAAAACUGAGGAUGGAUCAACAUUGUAGUUACUCCACAAUACUAGCCUAAAUGACAUAGUGAAAAGAAGGAAGCCUGUACAAAAUAAGGCACAAAAGUAAUACCGCAAAGAAAAUUACAAAGCAAUUCACUUUUUGGCCUGAAUAAAAAGUGUUAUGGUUUAGGCAAAUCCAAUAAAACGCAUUACUGAGUACCACUCUCCAUAUUUUUAAGCAUAGUGGGGGCUGCAUCAUGUUAUGGGAUGCUUGUAAUUGUUAAGGACUGGGGCGUUUUUCAGGAUAAAAAAAUUAACGGAAUGGAGCUAAGCACAGGCAAAAUCCUAGAGGAAAACCUGGUUCAGUCUGCUUUUCACCAGACACUGGGGAGAUUAAUUCACAUUUCAGCAGGACAACAAAACUAAAACACAAGGCCAAAUCUACACUGGAGUUGCUUACAAAGAAGACAUUGAACGUUUCUGAGUGGCUGAGUUACAGUUUUGACUAAAAUCUGCUUGAAAAUCUAUGGCAAGACCUGAAAAUGCUUGUCUAGCAAUGAUCAACAACCAAUUUGACAGAGCUUGAAGAAUUUUGAAAAUAAUAAUGAGCAAACGUUGCACAAUCCAGGUGUGGAAAGCUCUUAGAGACUGACCCAGAAAGACUCACAGCUGUAAUUGCUGCCAAGGGUGAUUCUAACAUGUAUUCACCCAGGGUGUUUUAUUUUCCAUACAUUUAUACGAAUGUUAGAAUAUUUCUUCCACUUUGACAUUAGAGUAUUGUGUGUGUAUAUCGUUGACAAAAAAAUGACAAUUAAAUCAAUUUUAAUCCCACUUUGUAACACAACAAAAUGUGGAAAAGGUCAAGGGGGAUGUGAAUACUUUCUGAAGGCACUGUACAUCAUUCUAUUUGAUUGCAAAUGGAAAACCAAAUCGAAUGGCCACAACUUACUUGGUUCAUGUUGUCAGAGAGUGCAUUGACAUGCCCUACAUCAGUGAUCCUCAAUCCUGCUCCUGGAGAGCAACAGUACUGCAGGUUUUUGGUUUUGGUCAUCACACGUGAUUCAACUAAUGAUGAGCUGAAUCGGGUGUUUCAACGUUGAGCAAGAACCUGUAACAGCUAUCCAUGAGCAGGAAUAAGGAUCACUGUCCUACGUAACCUAAUAUUAUGGUUUCGGUUGUUUAUUUAUUGUAAUUGGUCAAUAUGGCUAUCUCUGUUUCUCUCCUCCCCUCCCACCCUCUGCUCUUGGUCCUUUCCUCUGCUGUGUGCUGUAGUUUGUGCAGCUGCGUCGGUCGUCGUCGCAGACGAGGAACUUUGCCAAAGCGGUCGUCAAUAUGGCAGACGCGGUGAGAGCCAUCUACCUCUACAGACACACGCAGACAUACACACUAGAGGUUGACAUUACCUUAGGCCCGUGCGGAUCCUGCGGGACUCCCUCAGUAACGGGAAUGAAAUCCUAAUGUCAAGUUCGUGGCAGGAUCAACAGUCCUCACAGGAACGGGCAGUACAGGAAUAAUUUUAAACAUACUGUCAGGGUUAUAGAAUUGUUGCGGGAUCGUGACAGUACAGGGAAAAAAAUGUCACUCCCGUGUCAACCGCUAACACACAUACAUUCCAUAUCCACUUUGGAUUUUUUAUGUUUCCUUGUUUACUCUGAGAUGUUACUGUCAGUAUUGAUAAACAGGUUUAUAUCAGUUGUGCUUAUCAUCUAGCUAUUAUACAUCAAAAUCAGUUAAAAUUGUGUACUUGAGAAAUUUCUUUCAAAUGAACUACAGUUCAUUACAUCAUAGUGUUAGGGAAAUAUAUCCUGUAUAGUAAUCUCUGGUGGCAGCCUUAACAUUUAAAUGUUGACCAAAACCGAGUAGCUGAUUUAGUUCUGGGUGACAAGAUGACAUGUAUAGUUGUUCCAGCAAUGGUUUACUUAGUUGCUCAUUGUCAUCGACUUAGUUGCUCAUUGUCAUCGUGACUCUUUGACCUCAGAUCUACAAGGAGCAGCUCAACACGCGGAUAGUGCUGGUUGCCAUGGAGACGUGGUCAUCCCAGAACAUGGUGUCCGUGGGCGAUGACCCUUUGCUGACCCUGAGGGACUUUAUGAAGUACAGGAAGGAGAGCAUCAAGGAGCACAGCGAUGCCACACACCUCUUCUCGUGGGUUCUCCCCUCAUAACACUUGAAACCAUACAGACACAAUAUAAUACACACAAUAGUCAUAUUGCCGGAAUGCCUAUGUCUAUUCUGUACUUCUAUUUUAUUCGGUGCUUGAUACUGCCUGACGUAAGUGGACAGGGGGAAAGUCAAUAGAGACUGUUAUAAGCAUGUUAUUACACCUGUCUUAGUACACGUGGCAUGUACACCUAUACAGUAUCCCUGCACAUUGUAAAUAUGGUAUUGGAACUGACCCUGUAUAUAGCUUCUUACUUUCUCGUGUUCUUCUUAUUUUUAUUUAUUGUGUGUUUUUGUUCUACCUUAUGUUAUUUUUAGUACUACAUUGCUAUUGAUUACUGCAUUGUUGGGUUUAGAGCUGGCAAGAAAGGCAUUUCACUGUACUUGUGCACGCUACAUUAAAACUUGAUGAUAGCUCCUGUUAUCCCCUGUGUGUCCUGUAGGGGGAGGACCUUCCAGAGCAGCCGCAGUGGCACAGCCUACAUCGGGGGUAUCUGUUCCCUAACGCGGGGAGGAGGUGUCAACGAGGUAAUGCCUUUUGUUUUGACAGUCAUUUUACAGUCAUUGACUCUCCCAACUCCACAAAAGAACGAAGGUGGGGUGCCUAUAGGGUAGGGGUAUUCCAAUUCGGAGUACAAGACUUCUGAGGCGUAGCCGAGUGAAAACCUGUUUGGAAGUAGCUAAAUACAAUGCGUGUGUGUGUUUUUUCACUUGUCUUGUGUGUGUUUUAGUACGGAAACGUGGGUCCCAUGGCCAUCACCUUGUGUCAGAGCCUGGGGCAGAACAUUGGCAUGAUGUGGAACAAGGAGCACCCCACGGCUGGUAAGACCUACGUCCAUCCACCUCAACAACUUCUGUACACACUGUCACAGAAAAUAGGACGCAAGCUCAACCUGCCGCAAUGUAAACAGCGUAGCAGCUUCUUUUCAAAUUCAAUCAAAUGUUAUUUAUAAAGCCCUUUUUACAUCAACAGUUGUCACAAAGUGUUUUACAGUAAGUAAGACGACCCUGGUCUUGUCCCCCGUCAUGUGACAUGUCCUUGACUCUGUGGCCCUAUAGGGGACUGCAGGUGUCCCGACCCAUGGCUGGGCUGCAUCAUGGAGGACACCGGCUACUAUCUUCCUAGGAAGUUCUCUCGCUGCAGUGUGGAUGAGUACCUUCGCUUUCUCCAGCAGGGUGGGGGCAGCUGCCUCUUCAAUAAGCCCAGCAAUGUGAGCUCUGGCUGGGGUUGGUGGAAAUGGUGCAGGGAAGGUGGUGAUGGAGGAAGUUACAUUCUGAGAAUGCCAGAAAACAUUAAAACAAGACAUUGUUUUUGGUUCCUGUGUUGACUCAUGUCCCCCUGUUGUGUUCCCUAUAGCUGCUGGACUCUCCAGAGUGUGGCAAUGGCUUUGUGGAGGUGGGGGAGGAGUGUGACUGUGGAUCCCAUGUGGUGAGUCCUACAGUAAAACCCUUAAGGGCUUCUGCAUGCUUCGGUUCAGCUGGUGCCUAGCCGAAACAAACGAGUGUGCUCGCAUACUCCCUUAAAAGACCUUCGCUUGAAAAAUUUGAAAAAAGCGGCAAUAGUACUGUUUGUCCAUUUUGAGACGCCGUAGCCAGUAUACACUUCCUCAAAAUAGAAUUAAUCUAAGAUAACUCGAGAAAUCUGUCAUUCAUUUUGUUGUUCAUCUAACUAAGAUGUUUGGUGCAGUAUAUCUCAAGUGAAAAAAUGUGCAUGAAAACAAGUUGUCUAUCGUAGAAUGACAACAAACACUUCAUUAAAGAAUCCUUACUGUUCCUUACUGAAUUUCUGCUACCGAAAUUCGUCUUGACUCGAGAAAAAAAUGUGUGCACAAACAGCCGGAAAACAAAAAACGAACAAAAACGUCACAAAAUGUCAUCAUAAUAUAUGCACAAACUUUUCCGAACUGUUUCGGAUGGGAAGCAUGAAGACGCCUCUGCAUUUAGUAUUCUGUGUGUGGUUACAAGAAUGUGUCACAUGGUUGCAGGAUUGUGCGCGGAGUGGAGGAGCCUGCUGUAAGAAGUGCACCCUGACCCACAAUGCCAUGUGCAGCAAUGGCCUCUGCUGUGGAGAUUGCAGGGUGAGUACCACUUCAUCUCAAAUACACUAACACUACACUGUUACAUGGGUACACCACUAGGAUGACUGUCUUAUUAACUUCUUGCAACUAGACAUUUUCCAUUAUUUAACUUGAACUGAUAUCAGCCACAGAUUGAUUGGCAUUUCUGACUGAAGUUUUACAUUAUUAUAUACAUUUGUAGUUUUCAUGUAUAAUUACAGUUACCUAUAGAAUAAAAUUGGUGCUGUGAAAAUUGUGAUUACUGUGUGUGACAGUACGAGCUCAGGGGGGUGACGUGUCGCGAAGUGACCAACGACUGUGACGUCCCGGAGACGUGUCCCGGAGACUCCAGCCAGGUGAGACGGCUAAUUCGCUAAGUCGGUGUUAAAUAAUAAUGAUAAUAUGCCAUUUAGCAGACGCUUUUAUCCAAAGCGACUUACAGUCAUGCGUGCAUACAUAGGUUCAUGGUAUCCUCAUUUUGUACACUACUAUUUUACUCGCAGCGCAAUGCCAACGUGAAUAUACUGUAUAACUCCCACACACUGCUUGGUUGCAAAGUUUCACUUUUAGUUUUUGCAAAACCCCUAAAAAGUAAGCUCUUAGUGUGCAAACUUUUAUUCUUACUAGAUGUGCAAGUAUAUCCUUUUCAAACUCUCUGCUGGGAUGUAGCCUACCAUACUUUGACUAUGUAUGUGUGCGUUGUACAAUUGAAUAUGUCAACUAGGCUCAUUUAUACACUCUGUUGUUCCCCUUCUGCAGUGUCCUCAUAAUGUCCACAAACUGGAUGGCUACAUGUGUGAUGCUGGCCAGGUAACUGAAUCCAACAUAAUGGCUUUUAUGACCUAAUUUUUGUCUGGAUCUGUCUCUCUGUUUUGUAGAUAUACAAAUAAUACUGUACCUCUAAUACAUAUAAUACUGUCUUGCACUAUCUCUUUCCUUCUCUCUCUCUAUCUCUCCUCUCUUGUCUAUCUCUCUCUCUCACUCUCUCCCAGGGUCGUUGUUUCGGAGGUCGUUGUAAGACCAGAGAUGGACAGUGCAGGAGUCUCUGGGGCCACAGUGAGUAAUAACAAAGAUUAUCUAUAUACUGACAAUAUACUGGACUGACUGCUCUAACAAUGGCAAUGACCUGAAAAUGAUCGGAGAGGUUGAGGGUAGAGGAAGUUCAGGAGUAAAAACAAACAAAAUAGAAUUAUUGUAAAAAUUGACUGUGUCCAUAAAAUGUAUAUAGUUUGUAUAAGCUGGAAGUAGAGGCCUAAGCAUUGUUGUUCACUAGUUUACUCCAAUUAGGGAAGGGGUGGUGGGGUUGGAAGAUAAUAAAGGGGAAAACAUUUUUAAAAAGUGUAUGUAUGUGUAUGUGUGUGUGUGUAUGUAUAUGUGUGUGUGUGUGUGUGUGUGUGUGUGUGUAUAUGUAUGUGUGUAUAUAUACAGUGGGGAGAAUAAGUAUUUGAUACACUGCCGAUUUUGCAGGUUUUCCUACUUACAAAGCAUGUAGAGGUCUGUAAUUUUUAUCCUAGGUACACUUCAACUGUGAGAGACGGAAUCUAAAACAAAAAUCCAGAAAAUCACAUUGUAUGAUUUUUAAGUAAUUAAUUUGCAUUUUAUUGCAUGACAUAAGAAUUUGAUCACCUACCAACCAGUAAGAAUUCCGGCUCUCACAGACCUGUUAGUUUUUUUUUUAGAAGCCCUCCUGUUCUCCACUCAUUACCUGUAUUAACUGCACCUGUUUGAACUCGUUACCUGUAUAAAAGACACCUGUCCACACACUCAAUCAAACAGACUCCAACCUCUCCACAAUGGCCAAGACCAGAGAGCUGUGUAAGGACAUCAGGGAUACAAUUGUAGACCUGCACAAGGCUGGGAUGGGCUACAGGACAAUAGGCAAGCAGCUUGGUGAGAAGGCAACAACUGUUGGCGCAAUUAUUAGAAAAUGGAAGAAGUUCAAGAUGACGGUUAAUCACCCUCGGUCUGGGGCUCCAUGCAAGAUCUCACCUCGUGGGGCAUCAAUGAUCAUGAGGAAGGUGAGGGAUCAGCCCAGAACUACACGACAGGACCUGGUCAAUGACCUGAAGAGAGCUGGGACCACAGUCUCAAAGGAAAACCAUUAGUAACACACUACGCCGUCAUGGAUUAAAAUCCUGCAGCGCACGCAAGGUCCCCCCUGCUCAAGCCAGCGCAUGUCCAGGCCCUGUCUGAAGUUUGCCAAUGACCAUCUGGAUGAUCCAGAGGAGGAAUGGGAGAAGGUCAUGUGGUCUGAUGAGACAAAAAUAGAGCUUUUUAGUCUAAACUCCACUCGCCGUGUUUGGAGGAAGAAGGAUGAGUACAACCCCAAGAACACCAUCCCAACCGUGAAGCAUGGACGUGGAAACAUCAUUCUUUGGGGAUGCUUUUCUGCAAAGGGGACAGGACGACUGUACCGUAUUGAGGGGAGGAUGGAUGGGGCCAUGUAUCGCGAGAUCUUGGCCAACAACCUCCUUCCCUCAGUAAGAGCAUUGAAGAUGGGUCGUGGCUGGGUCUUCCAGCAUGACAACGACCCGAAACACACAGCCAGGGCAACUAAGGAGUGGCUCCGUAAGAAGCAUCUCAAGGUCCUGGAGUGGCCUAGCCAGUCUCCAGACCUGAACCCAAUAGAACAUCUUUGGAGGGAGCUGAAAGUCCGUAUUGCCCAGCGACAGCCCCGAAACCUGAAGGAUCUGGAGAAGGUCUGUAUGGAGGAGUGGGCCAAAAUCGCUACUGCAGUGUGUGCAAACCUGGUCAAGACCUACAGGAAACGUAUGAUCUCUGUAAUUGCAAACAAAGGUUUCUGUACCAAAUAUUAAGUUCUGCUUUUCUGAUGUAUCAAAUACUUAUGUCAUGCAAUAAAAUGCAAAUUAAUAACUUAAAAAUCAUACAAUGUGAUUUUCUGGAUUUUUGUUUUAGAUUCCGUCUCUCACAGUUGAAGUGUACCUAUGAUAAAAAUUACAGACCUCUACAUGCUUUGUAAGUAGGAAAACCUGCAAAAUCGGCAGUGUAUCAAAUACUUGUUCUCCCCACUAUAUGUAUAUGUGUAUAUAUAUUUGCGAGGAAAAAAAACAUAUGGGGGAUUGGAAGUGAUGCAGACAAUUACAUUGAUGGAAGUUACAAUCUAUCUGCAAUAUUAAAGCUGAUCUACCCCCUAAAAAAAAAACUAAAAACAAAAACAAUGGCAAUGACCUCCAUACAAAAAAUCUCCACUUGGUCUGCUUUUCUACUUUUAAUGGAUAUGUCAGGAAUUGCAUGGCAGUGCAAUUUAUACUGUAAUUAAUACUGUAGGUCCUGAAAUACCAGCAGUUGUCAUAUUAUAAUUCACACCACACAUUUAUGAUGAUGAUGCCAUGACAUUGCUAUCAGUUAAGUACUGCAAUAAAGUAUAGUGAAGUGUAAUAACAUGGUGCUGCAAAAUGUGUGUGUGCUUUUGCAUGUGUUUCAGACUCAGCCGACCGUUUCUGCUAUGAGAAGCUGAACGCCGAGGGCACAGAGAAGGGCAACUGUGGCCGUGACACCAGUGGCCAGGGCUGGGUGCAGUGCAACAAGCAGUGAGUGACCACAAACCUCUUUAAACCUCACAUUUCUUAUGUACACAGUGUACCUCACUCUCAAGCACACGCCAUGUUUGACACAUUGUCCUGGGAAGAAACGUCUCUCUCCCCUCUCUUUCUCUCCCUCUAUCUUCUUUUCUCCCCCUCUCAGGGAUGUGCUCUGUGGGUUCCUGCUGUGUACUAACAUGUCUGCUAAGCCGAGGUUUGGAGAUUUGCAGGGGGACCUCACCAGCCUAACCAUCUACCACCAGAACAGAUACCUGGACUGCCGGUGA